AGAGGGUUAGAGCAUCCUUUUGCUCUCCGCCUGCAGAGUCACUCAUGCAGGCUGCUCUCAGCAUCCUCAAGAUUGCUGCUGGCCUCGCUGCCAUGGAGUUGUAGCCUCUUUGGCAGUUUUUCCUUCAUCUUUUCCGACAUUUGUGUCGUCUACUUUGCAUUUGCACACUUUUGGAUGGAGACCUCCUAAACCCUGUUCUUGUAGCAUCCCCUCUCCCCGUCCCCCCCUAAAAAAAAAACACUCUUGACGUUAGCUUUGAAUGAUGGGGAACCACGGCUCUAACCUGGAUGACAUCCUUGCAGAGGACAUGCACCACUGGUACAACAUGUUCAUGCGGGAGUCGCCGUCGGGACUCAUUACGCUUUUCGAGCUGAAGACCAUUCUCAACCUAAAGGGGAUGACCGAAAACGCCAACAGCUACGUGGACCAGGUCUUCUGCACCUUCGAUAUGGACGGGGACGGCUAUAUCGACUUUGUGGAAUACAUCGCCGCCAUCAGUCUGCUGCUGAAAGGAGAAAUCAACCAGAAGCUGAAGUGGUACUUCAAACUCUUUGACCAGGAUGGAAACGGAAAGAUCGACAAAGAGGAGCUGGAGACUAUUUUCUCGGCCAUCCAAGACAUCACACGAAACAGAGACAUUGACCCCGAAGAGAUAGUCACUCUCAUAUUUGAGAGAAUCGACGUGAAAGGAGAAGGUGAGAUGACCUUGGAGGAGUUCAUCGAGGGCGCUAAAGACCACGAGGACAUCAUGGACAUGCUGAGGAACCUGAUGGAUUUGACGCCCGUGCUGGUCAUCAUCGUGGAGGGUCGGAGGGGUUGAGAGCUGACCUGAAACCCAAAAGGAAAACUCUGAAAAAGACCCGCUUCAACCUGGGACCCCCCCCAAAAAAAGACAUGACAUCAGAACAUCAGAACAUCAGAACAGAGGUUACCACACUUGUAUUUCUUUAAUGGACACAAAUGCUGCUAGUUUUGUUGUCAUGUUGAGUGUGGUGGCUUAAGCUAGCUUUUCUUUGACUUGAACGUGUCUCUUUACCUCCUUACAGAGUCAGUUCAUCGAUUUUAGUGCCUGUUUCUUGAUUUAAGUUGGAGGAAAGCUUUAAAUCUAGACGUCAAGAGCUCACACACUUGAAAUUUGAUGCCCAUUUUUCAUAUUCCAAAUGAUGUUGGCUUUUAUGUAUAGGUCAAAGCAAACAAAGGAGUAGUAGGGACACACUGAAAAUUGUAAAAUUACGUUAUUUUUGUAAAAUUGCGAUUUUUUUCUUUGACUAUAUUCUCAUAUUUAUUCUCACAAUAGUUCCACUCUCCCGAGUAACAUUACAAACUUAUAGCCAGAUUUAUUUCUCAUAAUUCUAUUAAUUUUGACAAUUAUUUUUUAUUGUCAUUUAUAAUGUUGAAUAUUUGUUUUCCCUCUUAAGAUUAAAAAAAAUCAGUAACAUUUUAAUAAUCAGGACGUUUUCUUAACAUUUUAAAAUGAGGGAUUUAGUUCAUAUUUAUUUAAUUUUUCCCAAGGAAAAUUACUUAAUUCCCAGUCUUUUGACAUUAUUUUCAUACUAUGACAUUUUUGUAGCAAUAAAAUGACAUCAUCAUUCACAUAAUUAUAACACUAUUUCUGUAAUAACUUUUUUGAAGCAGCAUUUUUUUCUUCCUUCGGUGUGCCUCUAAUAUUCAUCCAGGUGAAGAUGCUUACACACUAAAAAAUACUACCCUAGUUCAAUCAUAGAACAGGUUACUUGAAAUGUGAAAUAACGGUUGUGCUUCCGUGAUAGGAUUUAACGUUCACUUGACAGAUUUACUUUAGAAAAUUUUGGUCAUACCUAAAACUAUUUGUUAUUUCUGUUAGCAUACUUCACGUUUUCAGUGUUCGGUAAAAGUUCAGUAGGUUUCAUGUCCUAUGACCUUAGAUGUCAGGUACAUUUACGGAGCCAGCCUAUGAGAGCAUGCUGGGAGUCUGUUCUGGGUCAGCAGGCGUUUACACUGAUCCUCUUAAAAAGUCUGAAAGCUUCAGGCAGGCUGCUCUUUAAUGGAGAGAGAGUGUUGAAGCUCCGAUGUACACUUGAAAUGUCAAAAUAGCUUCCGUGAACUGUUAGUCCCAGUUUGUCUAACGAAGCAAACCAGCACAUGCUUUCCGUGAAAACAAUGUACUUGUAUGGUUUUUGUGCGAAUGGUCUUUUAUGAGGAUACCGGAUCAAAUGAGUGGCUUUACUUUUAUACGGUGAUGUUUGUGAUCAGAUCAAGGGGUUACCAAGACUUGUACUUCAACAAGGAACCGAGGACACUUUAUCUACCCCUUAAUAAAAGGGAUAGCAAAGCACCUGUGCAAAGUUGCUAAGUGAUAGCAUCAAAGCUAAACUGGUUAAAAAAUGUGUGACAUUGUUACAGAACUGGUUAGCAUGCUAACUAAUUGUGCAAUUCGCUAGGAAUAGUGCUAUACAUUACCAGCAUUAUACGUGUAACUUGUAAGUGAUGGCCGAGCAGGUUAGCGUAUAUUGCAAUCAGUUAUUUGUGCAAUAGAUUUUUACAGUGAGUCUUUCCCCUUAUAGGUUCAUUGUAACAAAUCACGUUUUGUGUUGCCUUAUCAAUAAAAGUUGUCAAACUUG